UUUCGGUCUGCGAGAAAGAAAGAGAGAGCGAGAACGAGAACGAGAGCGUGACUCCAUGUGAGACAGAGGGGGAGGUGAAUGCAAGGAGGACCUGAAAAGGGGCUGUACAAACUAGCCAUCACAUACACACCGAAGCACUUGGGAGUACAGGAAGUAGCAGUUGAGAGGAAAAUCACUGCCUCGUCCUCUGGCAGCAGUGGAAGUUCAUGCAGUGGCCUUUCAUUUUAACUACACAACAAGAGGUUAAGACAUUAAGCCCUGUCUGGAUAAACCAUAUAGUUGCCCGAGGAGCCUCUCUGGACCAGAUCUGAAACAAGCAAAUAAACUAUAUGUCUGCUCUUGAUGUUGGGUUAGAGAUCAUAUCACUUGGCUUAAACCACCCAGAGAGAUUUGAUCAGUAAUACAGGGAUAAAGAAUGAGAACUACAGAACCUAUCUGUUUAAAAAUCCAAACAAAUGGACUGAGCACAAUAAAGCUCUGCUUGAAAGUUUAGCAACUACAAUAGCUGCAGUCAGAACAUUUGGACGACCUUUUGGCUAAAUGUGUUUUUUCAUGUGCUAAUGAAACGACAGGAAAGCACCAAGCACUGCCCUUCAUCUUGACAUUGUUCAAACGUUUUGAGACCAAGGGCUACGCGUGCCUUUAAAGAAACACUCUGUCUCGGGGAGAUUGCGAUAAACUCGAGGGACAUGUUUUGGUGACUCAAAAAGAAAGACAAAAAUCUGGAUGUAAGAUCGAAAACAGACGCAAAUAGAACAGAGGAUAGUCUCCCAGCCUUUGCCGCAUUUGCAAAAGAGCACAUCCCACUUGUGAAAUUUUCUUGGCCCUUUUCCAUGGGAACUGAUCCAGGGUGCAUUGAGAAAUACCUCCAGGGAGGUCUUGUUAGAGUUUGAAUAAUAUUGUGUGGAUUGAAAGCAAAAGUACAUUUCUCAGCUCAUCUCUGGGCGGUAGCGCGUCUACUCUGAAGGAUUAUGGUGAAGAAAGCAUCCAGCAAAAUGUAGAGCUUUGGUUUGACUUUGAUCCUGCGUUUGAUCCGUGUUUCUUCGUGGAAGUCGGGAAGCAUAAAACAAUCCGGGAUCCCGAAACCAGCUCUUACAAACCAAACGUAGGCCCCAGCUGAGAAAAAGAAAACUUUAUCACACCCAGGCUAGCGUGUCGGCUAAAAGGGGGCUCGCCGAAAGAAGAGAAUCUCUUAGGCAAGGACGGAGUGAAGCAGGCUGGGAUGGAGUGCAAACAUGAGCCUGCUAGAAGAGGGGAUAGCUGGGGUGGGCCUACCACUACAACAUCCUCCACCCUCAACAAGAUUGGAGCAAACACGUCCCUGGAGAGGCACAGUACUAACAUUUUAGAGAAAGAUGACCGCUGCGGAGUCAAAGCAAAGCCAGGCUUGACGUCUUGCCAGAUGGAGCGGAAAACAAACCUCAGCAGAAGUGCCAGUUUGUCGGAAAAGGAGCUGAAGGAGGCACGAACCAAGAGUCAGAUCAUUGCUGCUCAGCUCCAGGCCAAUUCCAACUCUAAAGGCGUCCAGCUUUUCAACCGGCGCAGACAGAGAGUGAACGCUUUCACACUCGUAAGCGUUGGAGGAGGGGGAGCGGAGGCAUCUAAGAAUGUGAUUGAUUCAUCUUUUGAAAGUCCACAGACAUGGGACAAACGCUCGACUGAGGACCAGGACAAAGAGUUGAAUCGCAGGAACCUCAAGACAGGUCUCACGUGGUCGGCCGGCAGAAUCCACAGUACUGGGAGUGGCAUGGAAGAUGCUAGUGAGGUAACACGGGAGGAUGUAGCAGAAGAAAGCAGCCAAGAUAGACACUUUCUCCCCGUCAAUGAGAAGGAUGAGGAGCUUUCAGAAGACCUCACAGAGCAUGUGAAGGAUGAGGUUACUCGUAGAAGUGACAGUAACUCAGCUGUUAAAGACAGAACUGGUGAAGAUGAAGCUGAAGCCAAUGGAGCACACAAUAAAGAAACCCCAAAUGGAUACAAUGCACAAUGCAAUGGAAAAGCAGAUAAGACGCUGACUAAACAGCCCACCAUCAUGAACAGAACAGCUCGCCCAUUUUUCUCCCCAACAACAGUAGGAUCCUCUGAAGCUACAAGUCCAGUCAUGGCCAUCCAUCCAGCCCAUGACUCUACAACUCCCCCAGUGCACCCAAGACCUGUUUUCUCUCCACCACCACUUCCACCUUCAUAUCCGACUCCUCCUCUCCCCAGCUACUCCAGCCCUCCUCCACCUAACACAGGCCAUGCUGCCUCACCUCAGCCUUCUUCUUACUACAUCCGCCCAUAUGUCCCCAAGCCUACAUUUGUCCCUGACCUCUUGAGUGAGAAGAGAUCUGUAGCUCCCAUCAAAACGGGGAUCCUCGAUGAGGGCCGGGCUCGCAGAGCAACCCGUAAGUCGAUGUUCACGUUUCAGGAGAAACCAAAAGUGGCUCCCAAUCCCGAACUCCUGUCCUUGGUGCAGUGUGCAGAUGAAAAGAAGAAAAAACCCCAGCCAGACGCAGGGCAGGAGGAGGAGCUGCUGGCUCUUGGGGCCGAAGCCUCAAACUUCCUGGCCAAGGACGAGGACGUUCACGAGGAAGCUGCGGUGCCAGAGUGGGCCUCGAGUUUGAAAAGCUCCAGAACGCGUGCCAGGAUGGAGCACAAGCCGGAGCAGGCCCUGACCAAUGCUUCAGGAAAAGGAGCUGAACUGUUUGCCAAACGCCAGUCGAGGAUGGAAAGGUAUGUCCAUGACAGCAAGGACCUGAGAUCACCCUCUCCUACCAUGUCCUUGCCUCCUUCGUGGGUAUAUCAAUCCAACAUGCCCGGUCGAGUGAAGGCCAUAGUAAACUCCUCCAAUAUAAGUGCAGAAAUUUCAAAGACACUUCAAACUCAGCAGGCCAUUCAGAAAAAGACUGUCCUUGCCAAAUCGCCAGCUCCUGCUCCAGCUCCACCUCCAGAGAUGCCUUUGGAGAACGGCUGCACCAAAAUCGAGAUGGAGCUGUCCAAACAUCAGCCAUACCAGCUAAACUCAUCCCUCUUCAUCUUCAACCCAACGAAAGAUCCCUACAGCACUCUUCCCAGAGCCGCCCCAGCUCCUAAACCUGUCGUGACCGCUCACUCCUACUCCAGACAAUCUUCCCUUCCAACAAGCCCUUUGCCAUCGCCGUACAGCCCAUCUGCCGGCUAUCGGUCAGCCCAUUGCUUUUCACCUCCUAUGACGCCUCUCAGUCCCAUCACAGCAGGCAGCAUCAGUUCCCCAGUGUCACCUUUAGCUCCAGAACGUGUGGCUUCACCUCGCUCUGGCGUCCAAGCACCACGUCCCACGUUCUCCACCAAAAAAGCUGGAAUCAGCCCACAGAUUAAGGCGGAGACCCCGGCACCAGUCAAUAACUCCGGCUCCACCACCCCAACCUCCAGGACGCCCAACCUCACUAGACGCUUCACCAGCCCUGAGGUGCUUUCCAGCGCCGUCUGGUCCCCCAGUAGCCCUCUAGUGACCUCUACAUCCUCCACUCCAAUCUACAAGCCCACUCCAAUCUCCCCCUCGACCCGACCCAUCCAUAAACCCGUCACAACAUGCCCUUCCCCAAGCCCUAUCCACAAGCCCAUUGCAACCACAGCAUCUCCAGGUACCAUCUUCAAGCCGACCGCCACCUCUCCAGUGUCUCCACCCUGGGAAACCAGGUGCCAGUCUCCGGCCGUCAGCCAGGACACCAAAACCAACCACCGCAUUUUGGCCAAAAACAUCAUCAAUGCUGCAAAGCGGAAAAACAGUCCGUCUCCCAGGGCGCUGGGUGGCCACAGUCUGCCCAUGUCCCCGGUGAGCGGCGGGAUCGUGCCUUAUGAACACAGUCCUGUCAGUCCAUUUCAGCCACGGAUCCUGGGCGCUCAGUCGCCCACCCUUACCAGUCCCUCUCCCACCCGCAUGAUCCACUCUCCGGUUCGCUUGUACAACACCCGCUCACUGACCGACUCGGACGCCUCGGUGGAGUCUGAGGAUUCGGGUCUGCGCUCUCCUGGAGUGCGCAGCUACAACACCUGCCCCCGUGGCUGGGCCGGCGGUCUGCAGGUGAAGAGGGGAGGCAUGUCUGAAGAUCUGUAGGAAGCACUUGAUGAUUUAUACUUCAGCCUGAUUUCGUUGUCGACCAAAGUGUCCUUUAAAUAUUGAAUGUAAAGCAUUGUGGAUUUUGCCGUAGGUUGAAUACAGUACAGUAUGAUGACUGUGUGAUGGAAGAAAAAAAUACACUAUUGUUCAAAAGUUUGGGUCAGUAAGAUUUUCCUGAGAAAUUUAAUCAGCAAGGAUGCAUUAAAAUGUUCAAACGUGACAAAAAGGCUUUUUUAUUGUUGAUAAAUAAAUUCGAUUCAGCAUAGAAUUCUAAAAAAUAUAAAAUUUCCACAAAAAUAUGAAGCAGCGAAAUGGUUUUCAAAAUUGCUAAUAAUACGAAAUGUUUCAUGAGCAGUAAUUCUCCAUAUUAGAAAAAUUUUUGAAUGAUCAUGUGAUUUUGAAAACUGGUGUACAGUGUAAAAAAAAAACUGUUUUCACAGUAUUUUUGAUCAAAUAAAUGCAGACUUAGUGAGCUUCUUUCAAAAACGUUGAAAAUCUUACCAAUGCCGAAUUUUUGAAUGGUAGUGUAGAAAAAGAAAAAGAAAAUUCUGACAUCAUUUACUCACCUCACAUGUUUACUCAAAGCAAUAUGACUGACUUUCUUUCAUGGGACACAAAAUGAAGUUACAUUCUGAAAUAUGACUAAUAUAUUGUCGUUGUUGGAAUCUAAGGAAGAAAGAUUUUAUCAAGGUCAUACCAUUUUGCAACAACAUGAGGGUGAAUAAAUGAAGACUAAAUCUAUGCAGCUGUCUGUAAUCUAAUGAUGAAGGCAUUACAUGGACUCGGAAAGUUGUACCAAAGAACCAAAGAUAAAAAAUAACGUGCAAGACUUUUCAAACCAGUAUUAGUUAUUAACCUUAUUAUUUUUUUAAAUCUACGUAAAUAUAAAAGGGAUUGACCCUUUGCUUUUUUGUACAGUACGUUUUGACAAUGUGUUAGAGAGUAUUGGAAUGUGACAAUAGGUCCGACUCGAGUCAAACUUGGAAGGAACUGAUUGCUUUUUGCUGAUUGUGAGUUCAUUUAGAUGUAAAGACAGAAUGACACAGCAAGGUUUCUAUGGUAUGAGAGAGAGUGGUAGGAAAUGUUCUAUAUUAUGUAUACUAUAAAUGGAAGCUGCAGGUGAUCUGAAAUCCAAUAAGGUUUCCAUAUUAGUUUAGUGCUGAAAUACAUGAGGGAAAUAAAAUGGUCUGAUGCACAACGGGAGAGGUGAAAAAAUAAAGCAUUAGGAGGUUUGUACAGUGUGAUUUCACAUAAAAUGUAGGAAUGAUUACAUUUCAGCGUUCAUUAAUGCACCUUGCUUAGACUGCUAUUAUUAUAUUUCAGUUUCCCAAGAGGGCAAAAACAGGAGAAGAGAGGAUUCUUGCUGAUGUUUUAUACAAUCAAGUUAAUCUUCACAACGUUUCAGCAUUUCACAUAAAAUGGAUUCUGGGUUUAGGGUGAUUGAGUGCUCUGUUGGUACAGUAAGGUGAGAUAAUUGCUUUUUUAUAUACAUUUCACACAAAUAAACAUAUUUCAUGGGGCACUUGAAAGGGUAUAUCAUAUACAUAAACAUCACCUCUGUCAGACUGUCUACAGCAUGCAUUUACACUUGACUGGUAUAGACGCACUGUAUACUGUGUGGUAAACAGUAAUUUACACUACUUAAUGCCGUAUGUUUGUCUGUCGUAGUUCUGAAAUUACAUAUUGAAAUCUGUCUGAGCUGAUCCCUAGCACUCAUUUAAGGAUUAAGUCUCAAGGGUCAUGCACACCAAGUGUACUCAUGUUUGCCUGCGGUCAAAUAUUGGAUCACCACACAUGAGAAAAUCAUUCUCUGUGUCGGAGCAUCAGCAGAUUUUUGAGUAUUUGCAUAUGGGGCAGUUUGAUUGACAGGGACAUCAGCUGUAAAGUGACUUGGCACCUUUGGUGAGAAUAAUGUUAUCAUUUCCAAGGAUGCUUUACAGCCCCUGUGUGCUUGUGCGAUCCUUCAUUUGGAUUAUGGGAGAUGUUAUGUAUGAUUCAAUUUACAUUUACAACUUCUUUUAAGUUUGAUAUCAUGUCUGAGUAACCAGCCUCAUUAUUAUCUCUGUCUGUUUUCUGUCUGUUUUUAAAUUAAGUGAAUAAACACAAACAAUGUCAUCUUC